AUGGAUGGGCACCUCAAGGUGCUCUUUAGCUCGGGGUACAUGGUGCGCCUGACAUUGCUGACGUGGGUGUGCUACGCGGCGGAUUACUGCGUCGUCAUCGCCGUCGUGGGCGUGCCCGGGGUGCUCCUCGGCACGGCGCUCAUCGAGGUGCCGCGCAUCGGGCGUCGGUGGGCGAUGGUCGGGUCGAGCGCGCUCAUGGGCGCGAGCCUGUUUCUGUGCGCUAUGAUCACGACGCCGGCCGCGAGCGUCAGGUUCAACGCGAUGGAGUUACUUUUCCAGUCGAUGUUCAAUGCGAUACUGUACGGCUGGACGCCCGAGGAUCACAAUCAACUUUCGCUACCGGAAAACUAG